AUGGACGCAUUAGUCGCUCGAGGCUCAGCCGGUGGUGUCCAUGGCAACGGUGACGCUUCCUUUACGCCGGAACUCCAGCAUACCAGCUACGUCUCGGGAGAGUCCGACAAUGGCUCGGCUCAUCCUACACCUUCGGACAUGACAGUCGCGGCUCCACCCGGCCCACCGGAGGCAUCGUGGUUUGACAGCAGCAAGGCGUCCAUCCACGCAGGUGAUAACGUGCAACCACCGAAUCAUUAUCCGAGUCAGACCGCAGCAGCGCUCUCGGCCAUCCCGACGGAAGGCAAAACUCCAUCGACUCCUCCUUUGCACGUCUCGGCGCCAGCGCCCGCAGCCAUAUCUCAUCAAGCUGCAGCAACGGCACCAGUAGCAGUAGCGCAAGCCACCUGCACAGCACCCUCCUCGGCCGCAUCCACGCCAGCCUCGACACCCAGCGGGACCCCACAGAACUUCGCACGCAAAAGAGGCAGACCGCGCAAGCACCCUCUCCCCGAUCCAAACGCUAAAAAGGCAAAGCGAACACUGAGCUCCGACAGCAUCGCCUCGGCCGCAGCCAAGAAGAAAGCCACCGAGGCUGCAGCCGCCCGCUCUGCUGCUUCCAAUGCGAGCUCGCUUCUCUCCAUCCCCGACCUCGGCCGUCUCAUCCCGCAAGGCUCUUCGUCGGAUCACGCAGAGACUUUCAUCCAGAACAACCUUCGCCUUUUUGCUGAACUCUUUGUGGCGCUGCAAAAGCAGGCUACCACCGACAAUCCGACUGGCGAUGGAUCGCAGGGCACAGCGCAGCUCAGCCUCGACGCGUCUCUGGGCGCCGGAAAUCGAGACGCGGCUACCAGCCAGAUGAUUGACACUUCCUCGCAGGGCGACGUCGGUAGCUCAGCACUUGCAUCCGACUCACGUCCGGAAGUCAGCGGCGUGGCUUCCGACCCAAUCUCAUCCAACACCGUUUCCGGUCCCAGCGACACCAUCCGCGAAGAGAUCAAGUCCAAGCUCACGGACGUCACAAACGGUCGCUCCGCCAUCCAGGCCGAGAUGCUUCAGCUCCGCGUCGACGCGAGCUUCUUCGAGAAUGCCCAGAAGACGGUCGAUGAGCGCAUCAGCGUUCUACGCGAUCGCAUCGCCAAGCACACGGCUGUGCUCCAGCGAGAACGCGAAGCAACACGGCAGGCGAGGGAAGCCAGUCGAAAAGCCAAGAAGGACCGCAAGGCGCGAGAGAAGGGUCUGCGCGAUUCGGAGCGCGAGGAGCGUCGCUUGGCCGAGACGGUGCUGCAGCUCGAAAGGGAGAUCGCGGCCGAGGAAGAGGAAAGACGGCGGAUGGACGAGGAGUCGAGCGACGAGGAGGGUGAGGAGGCUGGUGUCGCAGCACAAGACCUGGAUCCGGAAAUUCUUGCUGCCAGUACUUCAGAAGGCACCACUCUAUCCGCGACGGCAACACCGUCUCUCGCUGCCGACAUGACUCCCGAUCGCACCAUCGGCUUCAGCGACGAAGAGCUUGCCAAGGUGCUCGGCAUCUCGACCAGCGAGCUGGCAGGGUUCAGCCAGACCCUCGAUUUGCCCAACACCCUGCCACCCCCGGCACCGGAGCCGAGCGAAGCGACCAUCCCUGAUCUGCUCCCGCGCACCGCCGCCGACGACCAGGUCCUCCCCUCAGACGCCAACACGGACGACUUUGACGUCGCGGCGUUUCUCGAGCUGGCCAGCUCGUUUGGCGCCACACAGACCGCGGAAGAAUCCGCUUCGACGCAGUGA